AUGAGUUCAACUACUAUUAUCACGAAUACUACUAAAUCAACGACAACAUAUCAUUCAACGACAACAAAUUCAUCGUCAACUCUCCAAAAAAAUAAUCAAGUUUCAACUGAUGCCAAAAAUUUAGGUUUACAUUCUGGUGCUGCUGCUGGUAAUCUUGGCUUAGUAAAAUUCGCUUUAGAUCAUGGUCAAUCUAUCGAUUCUGCAUUAAAUGGCGUACUGCCUAUUCACGCCGCUUGUAUAAACGGCAAUGCUAACGUAGUGCAGUAUUUGAUUGAACGUGGUGCAAACGUCAAUUCUCCAAGACAUCCACGUAAAUUAAGUGGUGCAGAUAAAACCAAAUCGUCGUCGGGUUAUUCAGUAGGGACAACUGGUUCAACCGCAUUACAUUUUGCCGCUGCAAAUGGUUGCACGCAGACGGUUGAACUAUUAUUAAAAAAUGGUGCUAUGGUUGAUGUGGCAGAUAAAUAUGGUUCGACUCCUCUAUCUGUUGCUAUGGCAAAAAAUCAUAAUGAUGUUGUUGAAUUAUUAAAAACUUAUGACAAGGCUUCAAAAUUUAAAAAAAUAAAAAUGCCAACAUUGAGUAGCAGUAGUAAUCAUACGACUGCUGUUGUUGUAAAUAACAAUACUAACAAUACUAUUGUUAUUGAUUCCGCCACUUCUACUGCUACAAACAAUAACGCUUCUAAUAAUAAUAGUAAUGGCAAUGCCUCUUCAUCUAAAGAUUUUACUGCAUUUAUUCAUUAUUUGUCAAAACGUAGACCAACAUCAAAUAUUGGCAAUAACAAAUCGCAAAAAUCAAAACCUUCAAAAUCUUCAAAAAUAAAAUCAACGAUUAUAGGUACAAAUAAAUCUAAAAGUCCUAAAAAUAAUCCUAGCAGCUCUAGUAACAACAGUCCUAAUAAUAACAAUGUGUUAGAAUUAUCACCACAAAUACCACAAAUUGUGACGGAGCGUCAACACUCAAGAUCAUUGGAAUUGCCACAACUUCAUUCAAAAUCACUGGAAGAAAUACUCAACAACAAAUUUACCAGUAAAAAAGUUGAUGAAAUAAUGAUAAUUGAUUUAUCUGAUAAACCACCAUCAUCGUCUAUUUAUCUGUCAUCAUCUUACGAUGAUGAAUCAACAACUUCACCUGACACUGGUAUAAAAAAACACAAAUCACCAACAAAAGAAUUGUUUCGUAAAAGUUUAAAUUUGACUCGUCAUUUUGCCAAUACCGCUACUACUACUACUUCAUCAACAACAAUAUCGUCGGUUUCAAACAGUAAUUCCUUGACCAUGAUAAAUCAUAAUAAUAACGGCCAUGUAGUUAUUAAUAAUGAGGUUAAUAAUAAUAAUGGUGGUGGUAGUAGUAGAUCGCCAGAUAGAAGGUCAACCAGAUUUUCAUUUUCAUCAUCAACCACUCCACAAUCAAAUUCUUCAUCUAUCAACUCUUUGUUGAUGGCCACAUCACCUGAACUUACAGCAUUUUCCUCGGAUUCCUCUUCAUCUUACACCACAACAGCCCUGCCACCACCUCCUAUUGUUAUUCCUGAGAAAAAGAAACGUCGUUCGACCGAUCCUCUUUUUGAUUUCAAAACUAAAAAACAAUGGUCAAAAGAUGAUAAUCAUCUUACUAUCAGUCAAAACCCGGCUGCUUCUGCUUCAUCCGAUUCACUAAAUCGUAUUAUGAAAAGAUCAAUGUCUGAAAGUGGCGCUGCUGGCGGUUUUGGCGGUUUUGGCAUUAUGGGUUUUGGUAGCCACAGUACCAGUGAUCUUAGUUCCAUCGAUAAUGCUCACAAUAUGAAUGUUGGUACUAGUGGGAAUUCUGGCACAAUUAAACCUUUAUUCAUUUCAAGUAAAAAGAAUAAUAAUCAAAAGAAUUUCUGGGCAUUAAAAAUUAGUGGUAGUGAUAAAGAAUCUUCCAAAAGUAUGCUUGGUAGAUUUACUGAAUUUGUUAUGGGAAAAAAUUAA